UUGAGGUUAUGUCAAAACCAGCUGAGAUUACAUCGUUGCUUCACUAAAAUUUCAUGAGGGUCAUGUCUUUGGGUUCAUUUGGAAAAAUUGCUAUUUGUUGGUCAGUCAUUACAGUUGCUGGUGUGUCUGGGUUUAUUUUGUCGAAAAAUUCUGUAGAUCACCGUCGUUAUCAGGACAUGCAAAUACGUGAACGCAUGCGAAAGUCUAAUACUGGCGAAUACGAACCUGUCGGUGAAAGAAGCUUCAGCGGUUAAAUUAAUUAGCAGCCAUUGUUUACUAUAGUUUUGUUCCCCGGCAACAAUCAGCUCUUUGGAACCAACGCGCAUAGUGUUUAAUUAGCAUCAAAUCUCUUUAUUAAAACCAAAAACAGAAUUAGAUACGCA